UCUCCGAAUCAUGUAAUGGUGAGCAUCGAAGGUUAUGAGUAUAAGAGAAGAGAGGCUGAGAUCAAGAUUCACGACUCCCAUUCAGAUUCUGAUUCUUCUGGAAGAGAGGAUGGUUAUCAAGAUUCUGAUUGGGAAGAGGAUUCUGAUCGCUACAUGCUUCGCAGGAGAGAACCUGAGCUGAAAGAUCAUGAGGAUUCGGUUUCGGAUUCAGAUUCAGAGGACAAUGCUGACCGAUUUGUGGUCCGCAGAAGACUACCUAAGGUGGAAGAUUCUAGUUCGGAGGACGAUGCUCACCGUUACAUGAUUCGGAGAAGGCUACCUGAGGAGGUGGAAGAUUCUUGUUCGGAGGACGAUGCUCACCGUUACAUGAUUCGGAGAAGGCUACCUGAGGAGGUGGAGGAUCACGUGGAGAUGGCGGCAGCUCAAGAUUUUGAGCAGAAUGAUGGUGAUUCAGAAGAAAUUGACAAUCCGAGCAGUCCCCUGAGAAUGAGGUUCCGACGACACCGAGGCAUUGUAUCGAGGUGGAGAAGAAACAGCUUACUGGUAUUGAGUCUGAGCCAGUCGAUUCUCAAUCUCGUUUUUCAUCUCCGAAAUCAAAUCACUCUCCAUUGCUUGAGUCUUGAGAUUUAGGGUUUGUCCGUACGAAUGAGGAAUUUGGGGGCAAACUUUAGAAAUGUGAGGUUAUCGCACUAACAAUCGACCAAAUGCUCCCUCAUCAAUAACACAGAUUAUUUUUCAAAUUUAACAAAAUGCGCUAGAUGCCUAGAUAAGAUAAAAAUAUUAGCCCUAACUUACAUUUCUAGAUUGUAGAUAAGCAUCACUUAUCAAACCCAUCUUGAAAGGGUCAUACAAAAGUGAAACUAUCAAGGAAGAUGGGUAUGGGAAGAACAUGCUUGCUUGAAAAAUUGAACAACAGAG